CGGAUGGCGGCCGGGGCGGCGGCGGGGCGCGGGCGCUGGGUGCUGGCGCUGCUGCUGGUGGCGGCGGAGCAGGCGGCGCUCGGGCGGAACCUCAGGUACCGGAUCUACGAGGAGCAGCGCGUGGGCACCGUGGUGGCCCGGCUGUCGGAGGACGUGGCGGACGUCCUGCAGCGGCUGCCCAACCCCGCGGCCGUGCGCUUCCGCGCCAUGCAGAGGGGCGAGGCGCCCCUGCUGGUGGUGAACGAGAGCACCGGGGAGCUGAGCGUCGGGGCCCCCAUCGACCGCGAGCAGCUGUGCCAGAAGAACCUCAACUGCUCGCUGGAGUUCGACGUGGUCACGCUGCCCACCGAGCACCUGCAGCUGCUGCACAUCGAGGUGGAGGUGCUGGACAUCAACGACAACGCGCCCCGCUUCGCGCGGCCCGUCAUCGCCCUGGAGAUCUCGGAGAGCGCGGCCGUGGGCACCCGGCUGCCCCUGGACAGCGCCUCCGACCCCGACGUGGGCGACAACGCCCUGCACACCUACGCGCUCUCCGACAACGACCGCUUCGACCUCGAGGUGCGCACGCGCACCGACGGCGCCAAGUACGCCGAGCUCAUCGUGGCCCGCGAGCUGGACCGCGAGCGCCAGGCCGCCUACGAGCUGCAGCUCACCGCCUGGGACAUGGGCGUCCCGCGGCGCUCCGGCUCCUCCCUGCUGCGCAUCCGCGUCUCCGACUCCAACGACAACAGCCCGGCCUUCGAGCGCCCGUCCUACGCCAUCGACCUCCCCGAGAGCGCGCCCGUGGGCACCCUGCUGCUGGACCUCAACGCCACCGACCCGGACGAGGGCGCCAACGGCAAGGUGGCCUACUCCUUCAGCAGCCACGUGGCGCCCAGGAUCGUGGAGACCUUCCGCAUCGACGCCGAGCGCGGCCACCUCACCCUCGCCCGGCAGGUGGACUACGAGCUGGUCAAGUCCUACGAGGUCGACGUGCAGGCCCAGGACCUGGGGCCCAACUCCAUCCCCGCGCACUGCAAGAUCAUCCUCCAGGUGGUGGACGUCAACGACAACAAGCCCGAGAUCAGCAUCAACUUCAUGUUCCCGGGCAAGGAGGAGGUGUCCUACAUCUUCGAGGGCGACCCCGUGGACACCUUCGUGGCCCUGGUGCGCGUCCACGACAAGGACUCCGGGCUGAACGGGGAGGUAGUGUGCCGGCUGCGCGGCCACGGCCACUUCCGACUGCAGAACACCUACGAGAACAACUACCUGAUCUUCACCAACGCCACGCUGGACCGGGAGAAGCGCUCCGAGUACAGCCUGACCAUCGUCGCCGAGGACCGGGGCACCCCCAGCCUCUCCUCGGUGAAGCAUUUCACCGUCCAGAUCAACGACAUCAACGACAACGCGCCCCUCUUCCAGCGGAGCCGCUACGAGCUCGUCAUCUCCGAGAACAACUCGCCCGGCGCCUACAUCACCACCGUCAGGGCCACCGACCCCGACCUCGGGGAGAACGGGCAGGUGACCUACACCAUCCUGGAGAGCCUCGUCCAGGGGAGCUCCAUCACCACCUACGUGACCGUCGACCCGUCCAACGGGGCCCUCUACGCCCUCCGGAUCUUCGACCACGAGGAGGUGAGUCAGAUCGCGUUCGUGGUGGAGGCCCGGGACGGAGGGAGCCCCAGGCAGCUGGCGAGCAACGCCACGGUGGUGCUCACCAUCCUGGACGAGAACGACAACGUGCCCGUGGUGGUGGAGCCCGCGCUGCACAACGGCACGGCCGAGGUGGCCAUCCCCAAGGCGGCCGAGAGCGGCUUCCACGUGGCGCGCCUGAGGGCCGUGGACCGGGACUCCGGGGUGAACGCCGAGCUCAGCUGCGCCAUCGCGGCCGGGAACGAGGACGGCGCUUUCCUCGUGGACCCGCAGACCUGCGACAUCCACACCAACGUGAGCAUGGAGGCCGCCCCCCACGCCGCGUGGGCCCUCUCCGUGGUCAUCCAGGACGGGGGGAACCCUCCCCUGCACACCAGGGUCCUCCUCAAGUGCGUGGUCUUGGAGAACACGCAGGCCGUGACCAGCACGGCCAUGACCUCGGUGAGCCAGGCCUCUCUGGAUGUGUCCAUGGUCAUCAUCAUCUCCCUGGGGGCCAUUUGCGCCGUGCUGCUGGUUAUCAUGGUGCUGUUCGCCACGCGGUGUAACCGGGAGAAGAAGGACACCCGCUCCUACAACUGCAGGGUGGCCGAGUCCACCUACCAGCACCACCCGAAGAGGCCGUCCAGGCAGAUCCACAAAGGGGACAUCACCCUGGUGCCCACGCUCAACGGCACCCUGCCCAUCAGGUCCCACCACCGGUCCUCGCCCUCCUCCUCGCCCACCUUGGAGCGGGGGCAGAUGGGCAGCCGCCAGAGCCACCAGAGCCACCAGUCACUCAACAGCCUGGUCACCAUCUCCUCCAACCACGUGCCGGAGAACUUCUCCUUGGAACUCACCCACGCCACGCCUGCGGUUGAGGUCUCCCAGCUUCUCUCCAUGCUCCACCAGGGUCAGUAUCAGCCCAGGCCGAGCUUUCGAGGAAACAAAUACUCCAGGAGCUAUAGAUAUGCCCUCCAAGACAUGGACAAAUUCAGCUUGAAAGACAGCGGCCGUGGCGACAGCGAGGCCGGGGACAGUGACUAUGAUCUGGGACGAGAUUCCCCGAUAGAUAGACUGCUGGGGGAAGGCUUCAGCGACCUCUUUCUCACCGAUGGGAGAAUCCCAGCAGCGAUGCGGCUCUGCACGGAGGAGUGCCGGGUCCUGGGCCACUCGGACCAGUGCUGGAUGCCCCCGCUGCCCUCGCCUUCGGAUUACCGCAGCAACAUGUUCAUCCCGGGCGAGGAGUUCCCGCCGCCGCCGCGGGCGCCGCCGGGGCGCGCGGGCCCCGAGGAGGAGGGCGGCGCGGGCGCGGGCGCGGAGCCCGGCGAGAAGAAGAAGAGCUUCUCCACCUUCGGCAAGGACGCGCCGCCGCCGCCCGAGGAGGAGGGGGAGGCGGCGGAGGAGCCGGGCGCGGCGGGCUCGCUGCUCUCCGAGAUGAACAGCGUGUUCCAGCGCCUGCUGCCCGCCGCCGCCCUGGACCCGGGGCCCGAGCCCGGCGGCGCCGACUCCCUGGAGCGCCGCAAGGGCCCCGCCGCCGCCGCGCCCAAGGCCGGCGGCGCCUACCCGCCGGGGGUGGCGGCCUGGGCGGCCAGCGCGCACUUCCCGGCCCCGGCCGGCGCCCCCGGCGGCGGCGCCAGCGCGCAGCCCUCGUGCAAGUGGCUGCCGGCCAUGGAGGAGAUCCCCGAGAACUACGAGGAGGACGACUUCGACACCGUGCUCGGCCACCUCGGCGACGGCAAGCCCGAGCUCAUGGACGCCAGCGAGCUGGUGGCCGAGAUCAACAAGCUGCUGCAGGACGUGCGCCAGAGCUAGGGCGCGCGCGCGCGCGGCGGGGCUGGGGGGCGCGCGCGG